UUUCAAACGCCACAUCAUCAGCUUUGACCGAGGUGCCGUGAACAUCUCACUGACAUGCGUUCUUAGCGGUCUAUUCGGAUUGGCAGCAUCACUAGCACGAGAAUAUGGGAGACGAUUUAGGUGACGACUGGUGGAACCAUGACGAUGCAGCUGAGGCAGAGGAAGAAACAGAGCAGGAGAAAGAGCCAGCAGAAAAGGCAAAGACAAAACCCGAGAAGAGGAAAAUGGUGACAGAGAAAAGCCCUAAAGCCAAGAAGAAGAAAAAUAAUGAUCAGAAAGGGUGUACAACUCCUCAAAAGAAAGAAAUAGAAGAUCAGCAGUCGACUAAACCCCAAAAGAAGAGAAAAAGAAAAAAGAAAACUAUCACAGAUGUUUUGGCCACCUCGGAGCCAAAGCCGGGCUGUGCAGCUGACCUGCAGGACCUGAUUACUCGGUACUACUCAGACAAGCGCUCCGUGAUCGAACUGGAAGAGCUCAAACUGCAGAACUCCUGCUUUCUGUCCAGUAAUGACUUGACACACACCCUCUCCUCUUAUCUGAAACAAGUUUGUCCCAAGUGGGCAAAGAUCCAAAAGCAGCAUUCAGAAAAGAGUUCAGUGGUUAUACUGAUUGUCUGCAGCUCUGCACUUCGAACUAUAGAACUCAUCAAGCAGCUGACUGCUUUCAAGGGCGAAGCCAGAGCAGUGAAGCUUUUUGCUAAGCACAUCAAGAUAGAGGAGCAGGUGAAGCUGCUGCAGAAAGGCAUCACACACAUCGGAGUGGGAACACCAAGCAGGAUCAGCGCUCUGAUCAACAACGAGGGUCUGAGCCUGCAGGCUUUGAGGUACCUGGUUGUUGACUGGAACUGGAGGGACCAGAAGCUCAGGCGGAUGGUGGACAUUCUUGAGGUCAAACUGGACUUCUUGAAGCUGCUGGAGAACGGAGUCCUGGCUGCUUGUAAAGAAGACAAAGUCAAAAUUGGACUAUUUUAAUUUAACAUCUGUGUGAUCUUAUUGUUUUAAAUGAUCACAGAGGAGCCUCGCACUGUUUGUUUCCCACUGUGUUUAUGUCCGCUUCUCAUUUAUUCUAUUUUUCUUCGACCAGAGUUUCUUCAAAGUCUUGAGAAGUCUAGGAAAGUAUAAAAUAUCUUGUUGUUUUCUAGUUCUGGGUUAGUAUGGAAAAAUGUUUGGGCGUCAAGAUUUUUUUUCCCCAUUUAGUUUUCUAAAACAUUACAGCCUGAGUUUACCUCUCAACCACUGUUAAAUCAGACUUUUACGUUGGACCUGGAGUCUGGUGUAAUUGCUAAACAAAACUUUGAUACUGCUGUUUUCACAUUUCUACAAAUAGAAGUAAGCAUGUCACAGAAUCUGUAUUUACUAAAAUCAAGCAAAUGGAAGACGACUUCAGAGUGAUGUUUCAUGAAAACCUAACGUCUAUAUAAACAGUUAAAGGCACCUUCCUUGUACUUUGACAAUAAUGGCACAAAAGCUUCCUAAAAAUGCAGAAACUAUAAAAAACUGACAUUGUGGAGUGGAAAGGAUAUAGGAGCCAUUUGUGUAAAAUGCAUGUCAGAGUGUGAUGUGUGGAAUAAACUAGCUCAAUAU